GGCAGUAGUGCGCCGAGUUGGUCGGACAGGAAGAAGUGGAGAAAACCUUUUUCCGGUGUCAUGGCGCUGUCCCGUCAACGCAUGCUAGCCGCCGUCAUGGCUUUGUACGUGAAAGCCGCGGAGGUCUUGGAGAAAGCAGAGAGGAAACAAGGGGCUCUGAAAACCCUCGUUUACGACAGUAAAUUUAAGAACAUCAAGCAGCUUUUUGCUUUGGUUUGUGAGACCCAGAGGUUUUCCUCCGUCCUGCUGGAUAUAAUUGAGUCUACCAAACUGUUAAAACAGACGAAGUUGAAACUACAUCUAGCUCAAGUGCUCGUGUAUGACCUGCUGAUGGGGCAGGGCCUGAAGUGCGGCGGCUCCUUCAAGACCACCAUGAUGAAGCAUCGCCCCAGACUGCAGGCGGAGCUGGCCCGCAUGAAGGUGAAGCGGAAAGUUAGUAGGAAUGAGGAUCUCCUUCCAGCUGAGGCCCAGCUGCCCUCUGGAGAGCAGCUACCCAGGUAUGUGCGCGUGAACACCCUCAAGACCACCGUGGAGGAUGUCGUGGACUACCUUAAGAGGGAUGGCUACACCUACCAGGGACAGGCUUCCAGACUGGACGACUUAACCCUGAAAGAGAAGAGCUUUGUGAAGGACCUGCUUCUUCCAGAACUGCUGGUCUUUUCUUCCAAAACAGACUUUCACGACCAUUUCCUUUACAAAGCCGGUCACAUCAUUCUCCAGGACAAAGCCAGCUGCCUUCCUGCGUAUCUCCUCAAACCCCCGUCUGGUAGCCACGUCAUAGAUGCCUGUGCUGCCCCUGGUAACAAAACCAGCCACCUUGCAGCCAUCAUGAAGAACAAAGGCAAACUCUUUGCCUUUGAUUUAGAUGCCAAGCGUUUGGCCACCAUGUCAACCUUGCUGCUGCGGGCAGGGGUCACCUGUCAGCAGUUGGCCCACCAGGACUUCCUCAAGGUGAACCCUGACAGUCCACAGUAUAAAGAUGUUGAAUACGUUCUUCUGGAUCCCUCCUGCAGCGGAUCAGGUAUGGUGUGCCUGCAGGACAGAUCCUCCGCUGACCAGACCCGUUUGGCCUCACUGGCAGCUUUCCAACUGCGAUGCUUGAACCACGCAGUCAGAUUUCCUCGCUUGAAGCGCUUGGUUUACUCCACCUGCUCCAUCCACAGUCAGGAGAAUGAAGAAGUCAUAACUGCCUUUCUUCAACAGAACUCUUCCUUCAGGUUGGUGCCCCUCUUGCCUCAGUGGCCCGAGCGUGGCCUGGCGCCGCUCUCGCAGUGUUUGCGUGCGAGCACAUCAAAGACCCGCACACACGGCUUUUUUGUAGCACUGCUGGAAAAACACAGCGAGGCUCUGAGUUCAACACUGCAGCUCGCCGAUCAGAUAAGAACUGUGGAAGAGAAGAAAACUGUCGCUUUGGAAGCUUCAGACCCAGAAGACCCACAAACACCAAACACUGAAGAUGCACCCAGCGGCAAGAGGAAAAGGCCAAAGAGAAAGAAGAAGAAGAUGGAGUGAAAUGAGCAUUAAACAUCUGCAGCAUGUUGCAUUCUCAGACAAGGGGAUGAUUGUAAAGAUUAGUUAUUUUACUAUCGCCUGCUCGUCUCAGUAUUGUGACUUAUAACAGACUUUAAUGCUUUAAAUGUUCUCUUUUUAUCUGUAGAUAGAUCAAUCUCUUCAUAAAUUCUGUAUAGAGGGUUUAUAUGAAAGCUUGUCACAACUACCACCAUCCUGAUAAUAAAAACCUGUUUCUGCUGCUGUAAAAUUGUCUAUUUGAAUCAAUGGGUCAAAGGUCGUGGUUAAAGAGUAAGGACGGCCUUCAUCGGGAAUCAUUUUUGCGCUCGGUGGAACCGUUUUACAGGUGCAACAUUGUACAAGUUAACAAAAUUAAAUGCAAAGGAUAAGAAAUAAUAAUCUUGCAAUCUAAAUGCGAUACUCAAACUCCCAAAAAGUGUAUUGAACUUGGAAAGAAACAAUUAGUGUUGUGUCUUAAGUCUCUAAUAAAAUAUCCUUAUCACUACUUUAACUGUUUUCAGAGGAUAAUCAGUAAUAUGGAAUAAUAUUCCUCCCGAACUGCACACGUCAUCAAACUUGAACAGUUUUAAAUGCCAACUAAAAACUUACCUUUUUAGAAAAGUUAAUAGUCAUCUUACUUUAUUUUACUUGAUUUAUUGAUUUCACAUCUGCCUUUUUUUUUACCUGUUGUAAUUUUAUGUUUGUUUUUUACUUAUGUUAAUUUGCUCCAUUUAAAAAUGUUAUUUUUAUAUCAUUUUAUUGUAAAGUACCUUGACUCCCUAUUGGUGUUGUAAGGUACUACUGAAAAAGUUUAUAUCAUUCAUGAAUUCGGAUGUUAAUGAGUAUUACUUGUCUGUUCCACAAAGUGUCAUCGACGUUAAUGUUCAUUAAAGUGAUAUAACAGUGUUUUUUGAGGAUAAUCAAUAAACGCUUCAUUUUGCCACCAGA